GUUUCUAAUGUUUACGUAUUAAUAUUAUGAGAUUUGUUGUUCUUAAUUAUCCAAUUUAAACAAUUUUAACUUACAAACUUAAUAUUGUUAUAUCGAUUAUUGAAUACUGUGAAUAUCUAUUUGAAAUUUACAAAUUAACUUUAUAUUUUAAUAAUGCGUCCUGUAGUAGAUAGCCGAAAUGUUUGGAUUAAUAAUUAUGUUAAUAAUCCUAAUAUUCGAUACGAUUUUAAACGUAGAAAAUUGAAGAGGGUUAUUAAAGAUUUGAUAUAUGAAAAUGCUGCCAUUUGUGAUGAAAUAUCGCAAAAUCAAGAAAAAUUAUUAAUUUUGCGAGAAGAAUGCAAGUUUUUAACUAAAAAGUUAAAAAUAUUUGAACCACAAUUAGAUGUUCCAACCAAUGUAAAAACACCUCAAGCAAAAAAGGCAACUCCAAGAAAAAAACCAACUACUAAUGGUGUAACACCUAAGCCAAGACGUCCUGCUGUUAAACAUAAGAAAAAUAUUAUUGAAGUCCAAGAACCAAUAACUAGUGGAAAUGUUACCAUUUACAGCUUUGGAGAAAUUGUUUAUGAUACACCAUUUUAUUACACAGACUGUGCAAUUUAUCCAGCUGGAUAUUAUGCAUCAAGAACUUAUGCUCAUUUCAGAAAUAUAUUCGCCAAAUGUGUUUAUCAUUGCAAAGUUAUAAAGGCUGGUUCAUCUCCAAGAUUUGAGAUCAUGGAUCAUGAAAAACAUUUCAAAGUCACUGGCUUAAGCACUGAUGAAUGCCAUAGUCAUCUUAUUUCAUUAAUUAAUAAAUUGCUAGGUGCUGAAGAUUUAAUACCUGCAAAUAGAAAUGGUGAUAGAUUUUUUGGAUUGACCCUACCUCCGGUUCGUAUGAAACUACAAGAAUCACCAGCAUCUAAAUUUUGCACUGGAUACAUUCCAUUAGAAUUGCAGUCAGACAAUCAUGAAUCUGAAUUAAAGGCUGAAAGUGAUCCUGCUGUGAGUUUCGAGGGUCUACAUAAUACAUUGAACAGAUUUCGAUCUAGACAUUAAGGAGUGUUAUUAAUUAUUAUAAUACUAGUUUUUUACUUAAGUGUAUAUUAAUGUGAUAAGCAAUUAAUGUAAUUUUAUG